GCGGUGGCGAAGCCGCGGUGCAAGAGCGCGGUUUGUUGACACGGAACAGCUGAGCGGCCCCGGCGUCCCGUUUGCACUUUAGAGGAGAAAGGAGCAGCUUCCUCUGCUCCUGCAGCCCAGGAUGGAGCCUUUCAACUUUCCAAAUCCCUUUGCCUAUGCUGAGUACAUGAAAACUCGGGGAAAUGAUGACUUCAAAAAUGGGAACUAUUCUAUGGCUAUUAAAAACUAUGAUGAAGCAAUCCGUGCAUUGGUUUUUUCGCAUCCUGAAGCACAGAGGGUCCAUGGCCGAGACAUGGCUGUGUUAUUGUGCAAUAGAUCCAAUGCCUUUUACAAUUUAAAUAAAUGGAAUGAAGCUUUGAUGUCAGCACAAGAUAGUCUCCAGUGUGACCCAACUUACGUUAAGGGCUAUUACAGAGCCGGUUAUUCUCUGAUUAAAUUUGCUUGGCGUCUCCCUAGGCAUGAGCUAGCUAAUCAUUACAGCAGGAGCUUGAAUUUUCUCCUGAGUUCAUCAGAUGUGGUUCAAAUUUCAGAGUUUAUAGUUGGCAUCUUUUCAAGUACGAACAAUGUAAGAACUGUUACCCCACAGAUUUUAGCUGUCGCUACGGGAAUUGUGAGAGAAAAUUUCAGUCGAACAGUUUGGCAUCAUGUGAUUGAAAAGCUGGUCAAAAGGGAGCAAUGGCAGGCUUGUCUGUUGUUGGCAUCUGAAAAGGACAGGUUGCCAAGGAAUCUGCGAGUCACCAAUUUACCAUUGAAAGAUCUGUUUGAUAAAUACGUUAUGUUUGGCUCGUAUGAGAGAAUGGAAAGGGUACCCAAACUGGUAGAAUGGCUGAUCUCCAUGGGAGCAAACAUAAACAGUGUUGGCGCUUAUCCUCUUCAUGCAGUCAUCAAACUUUGCAUCAAUGCAAAAGGAAACCACCUUUUCAAAUGGCUACUUGACCAUAAGCCUGAAUUAAAGGCUCUUAUCAACCAGCAGAAUGAGGAUGGGUCCACAGUUCUUCACAUCGUAGCAUCGCAGACCAGAGGGUAUCCUUUUAAAAAUCAAAUUGAAGAUGUGGAGAUGCUUCUAAAUGCUGGGGUGGAUCCAAGGAUCCGUGACGGCCACUCAAAGUCUGCCGUAGAUAUUUUCAAAAAGAACAAGAGGUUCAGGCCUGUAGAAAUCAUCAAUAAGUACAUGGAGAGAAAUGCCUCAUUUUCUGAGAAAUCAUCAGUUGCAGAACAGACUGAAGCAGAAUCCCCCCCGGCUUCUGCUACUUUGCUUCAGGAGGUUUUUGACCAGUUUGAGAAAUUUUGCCACUCGGAACACAGCGCGCACGUCACCAACCUGCUAGAGCAUAAAUCUGUUCGGAAGCUUCUGAAUCAGCUGCCUACAGUCAGAGAAAUCCCUGAAGAGGUGGUCUGUGACAUCCCUCCUGCCUUCAGUAGCAACCUGAUAAAGCUGUUGAUAAAGAAGAAAAAGUGGCAUGAAGUUCUGUUGCUGCUGACCCGGAAGGCCACGAAGGAGAUGACGCCAGGAGACGGUCCUGUUAAAAACUGCAACCUCUCUGAUCUUGACAUUGGCACCAUCUUGAAUUGUAUGGGCAGGAGUGAUGAGCUACGAGUACAGCUCAUACGAUGCCUGAUAGAUAGAGGAGCAUCACCUGAGGGGACUGGAACCCUCCAUGAAAGGCCACUUCAGAAAUGCUUGCAGAACAAUGAUUUUGAGUUGGCGUAUCUGCUGCUGAGCUCUCGCUCAAAUCCUCUACUUUUUUCCAUUGCGGAAGGUGACACACCUUUACAUGCUGCACUGUCCAUAUGUUUUGAGCACAAAGAUGACAUUGGUUUGCAGUUCCUGAGCUACCUUCUAGAUUUGUAUGAUUCAGAUCCAUCCAAAUUUUCAUACCUUAAUCCUAAUGUCCAGGAUAAGAAUGGAAAUACAGUAAUGCACAUUAUUAUUCAGAAAAGUGCGACAAAGCAGGUCAAGAAAAUGCUAGGCUUGCUAGCAAAGUUUUCUAUUAAUUUUAAUCUAAAAAAUAACUUGGGGAGAGAUGUGAAUUACAGGAAGAAAAAAAAUGACCCCGUGCUUAUUGCUUGGAAUGAAGCCGUGGCUGAGAACAAGAAGAGGUGUCGACACGAUCCAGUUGCACAAGUAGCCCGAAUGGCCAAGUUGACUGCAGCCAACAACAAAUCUCAGCCAAAAAGCACAAAGCUUUCGUCAUCUGCACCGGUAUCAAAAAUGCCACAUGGAAAAUCGCCAUGGGAGGGAGAUUGCUCUAAGUGGGAAGAGACAGAAGAUGCUGGAGUGAAAAAUUUGGCACAUAGGAACGGUAAUGAGCCAUUGACGCUACGCGAAGGUCUUGUGCAAGGAAUUGCAAAUUUAAUCCAGAAAUUCGCGUUGGAUAGGGCCUUGAUAAAAACGGAUUUGGUGUCAUCUGAAGCACUAAAGCCGUCCAUGGCUACGAGUGAAGAUGAAAAGGGUGAGCAUCGCAGCUUUAGACACGAGGGGUUGGAUCAUUAUGUUUUAGUCAGCAGUCGAGAUCUAGUGGAGGAGACCUGUGCUGAGUUUAACGAGUCCAAAGAAGAAGAGGAAGAAGCCACUGAAGAUGAUCAGCAAAUACAGGAGAUUGAGGCACACACUGAAGACUUCGAUAACAUGACUUGGGAAAUCGAGUGUACAUCUGAAAUGCUGAAGAAGUUAGGAAACAAGAGCACUCCUCACUACAUAAAGAAGAAAAUAAUCCAUGCAAUUCAACAGCUAGGAAAUGGAGAGUGGACUCAGGGUCUACAGAAGCGGCUGAAGCACCUGAACGCUGACAUUCAACUUUAUGAAGCAAAGUUGGACAAGGGGGCAAGGAUGCUUUGGGAGCUCGCUAUAGAUUUUUCUCCCCGUUGCAGUGAGAAUGCAGAAACGAUCAUAGAGCAUGAGCAUCCGGUUCACCCUACAGAAAAAACGGGGAGAGUUUACACUGAAAUGAUUCGGCUGUGGGACAUUGUACUUGACCACAACAAACUUGACCAGGCUAUAAAAACAACAUGCAGCGCAUACAAGCGUGGCCUUUCGUGCAUCUUGAGAAAAAAACUGAAAGGUAUCAAUACAGCUGUCAUUUCAUCUAACCUGAAAACGCAGAAGCGCAUCCCUCGGUUUUAUGUUGAAGACACCAAGCCGGAAAAGUUGAAAGGCCGUGAUGUACCUGAAUACUUCCCCCCAGCUAGUGCAGUAGAAACAGAAUACAAUAUAAUGAAGUUUCAUAGUUUCAGUACUAACAUGGCACUCAACAUUAUAAACGAUAUGAGUUCUACUGUUGAAUACCCCUUCAGAGUGGGUGAAUUGGAAUACGCCGUCAUUGAUUUGAACCCUAAGCCAUUAGAGCCAAUCAUCUUAAUUGGACGGAGUGGGACAGGAAAGACGACUUGCUGCUUGUAUAGGCUUUGGAAGAAAUUUCACUCUUACUGGGAAAAAGCAGAGUGCGCGGGAGGUCCAUUGCUGGUCCGACAGAUGUGGCGCAGACUAAAAUUUGAUAUUCAGUUGGAAAAUGCAGCUGCUGCUGAGGAGGAAGACCAUGGUGGAAAACAAGACAGCUGCAACUCUGGUGAUUCUACUGAACUGGACACAGUAGAGAGUACAGAUGAUGAGCAACAACCAGAUGAGGAUGACCAAGACUCUUCAGGGGUAGAUGAUGCAGAAAUAAAUUGUGUGUAUGACUGCGGGGAAGAAGAGGGACAGGCUGCCAAAGAAUCUGAGAAACUGGAACAUCUGCAUCAGAUAUUCAUUACUAAAAAUCAUGUCCUUUGCCAAGAAGUUCAGAAGAACUUCACUGAGCUGAGUAAAUCUGCCAAGGCAACUAGUCAUUUCAGACCUCUUGAGGCAACCGUUUACAGACUUCAAGAUGUUAAGGAUGAAAAUUUCCCCCUCUUCCUCACAUCUCAACAAUGGGUUCUCUUGCUUGAUGCCUCAAUGCCAGACCCGUUCUUCCAUAGGAAUGAAGAUGGAAGUCUCAAGCACACCAUUACUGGCUGGUCCACUAAAGAAGAUUUUCUUAUCUCAAAUUGGCAAGAGGAAGAUGAUGAUGUUGAUAUAGAAGUGGAUUAUGACGAGGAUGAAAAGGCUGCAGAAAUUCACCCUAAAGAGCAUGAUCCUCGAGUCUAUGUGACAUACGAUGUAUUUGCUAAUGAAAUCUGGCCCCAUAUGGUCAAAGGCAAAUGUCCUUAUAACCCAGCAUUGGUUUGGAAAGAAAUAAAAUCAUUUUUGAAAGGAUCUAUCGAAGCAUUGAGCAGUCCCCAGGGCAUACUGACAGAAGAAGAAUAUAAAAAACUUGGCCGGAAGAGAUCUCCAAACUUCAAAGAGGAUCGCAGUGAAAUUUAUCAACUUUUCUCUGUUUACCAGCAGAUAAAAUCACAGAGAGGUUAUUUUGAUGAGGAAGAUCUUCUGUACAACUUGUCUCAAAGACUCAUGAGGCUCGAUGACCUCCCAUGGUGCAUCCACGAACUUUAUGGGGACGAAAUUCAGGAUUUUACUCAGGCAGAGCUUGUGUUACUAAUGAAAUGCAUUGAUGACCCAAACGCAAUGUUCCUGACUGGCGACACCGCCCAGAGCAUCAUGAAAGGAGUUGCUUUUCGUUUCAGCGACCUGAGAUCACUUUUCCAUUAUGCCAGUGUAAGCUCUACUGUCAAGAAACAGCGCGUUGUAAGAAAGCCAAAAAGGAUAUAUCAGCUGUAUCAGAACUACAGAUCUCAUUCAGGGAUUCUUCACUUGGCCUCUGGAGUUGUUGAUUUGCUUCAGUACUAUUUUCCUGAAUCUUUUGAUCGGCUUCCCAGGGAUCUAGGUCUCUUUGAUGGGCCUAAACCCACUGUGUUGGAAUCUUGCAGUGUUAGUGAUCUGGCCAUUUUGCUGAGAGGCAACAAAAGGAAAACACAGCCAAUAGAAUUUGGAGCGCAUCAGGUAAUACUGGUAGCGAAUGACACAGCAAAGGAAAGGAUUCCUGAAGAACUUAAUUUGGCUCUUGUGCUGACCAUUUAUGAAGCAAAAGGCUUAGAAUUUGAUGAUGUGCUCCUCUACAACUUUUUCACAGAUUCAGAGGCAUACAAAGAAUGGAAAAUAAUUUCCCAUUUCACUCCUUCUUGUAAUUUCACUGAAGAAAACAAGCUAAUCAUUGAAACACCCUUGGAGAAAGUCACUGAACAUCAGGGCAAACCUCAGGUUCUGAAUACGGAAAUGUACAAGAUGCUUAAUGGGGAGCUAAAGCAAUUAUAUACCGCUAUUACAAGAGCCAGAGUCAAUCUGUGGAUCUUUGAUGAAAACUGUGACAGGCGUGCACCGGCGUUUCAAUAUUUCAUCAAGCGAGAACUUGUUCAGGUUGUCAAAACAGAUGAAAAUAAAGACUUGGAUGAUAGCAUGUUUGUUAAAACAUCAACCUCAAAAGAAUGGAUUGCCCAAGGAGAAUAUUAUGCUAAGCACCAGUGUUGGAAGGUGGCAGCCAAGUGCUUUCAGAAGGGGGGAGCAGUUGAAAAGGAAAAGCUGGCGUUGGCACAUGAUGCUGUGCUUAAAGUGCAGUCGAAGAAAAUCAGCCCCAAAGACAAGCAAAUGGAAUACAUGGAUCUAGCUAAAACCUACCUGGAAUGCGGUGAACCAAACCUGGCUCUCAAAUGCUUGAUUCAUGCCAAAGAGUACCGACUUUGUGCGCAGCUCUGUGAAAAGCUGGGAAGGGUGAAGGAUGCUGCAUAUUUCUAUAAAAGAGGCCAGUGCUACAAAGAUGCGUUCAGAUGUUUCGAACAGAUUCAAGAGUUUGACCUAGCGCUUAAAAUAUGUUGCUGUGAAGAACUGUACGAAGAAGCGGCCCAGUGUGUGGAAAGAUUUGAGAAGAUGGUAGGGAAAGAAAGGCAGCUGGCUUCAAAACUUUCAUACACAUCCAACCAGUUUUAUCUGUUAGCUGCUGACAGGUAUUCGUCCGCAAACAAGGUCAGCGAGAUGAUGGCGGUGCUGUCCCACCUUAACACCGAAGACCAGCUUGUGUUCUUGAAAGAUCACAAAUACUUCUCUGAAGCCGCAGACCUGUUGAAGAGGGAAGGUCGAGACGAAGAGGCAGCGAAGCUAAUGAAACAGCACGGCUUUGUGUUGGAAGCAGCAGACCUCACUAACCAGAAAGAUUUCCGAGCAUCAUGUUUGCUUGCUGCCGCCCGCCUUAGCAUUGCGGGGGUUUGUAAGCUGCAGAACUUAAAAGCGAUCCUGGAAGAAGCCUUGGUGCUGUGUGAACAAACCAAGCAGAAGUCUGGCAGCGCUGAAGCAACGUAUCUGAUCGGAAUGGAAGAGAAGGACUUCAGCAUGUUGAAGAAGGCCUUCCAUAUGUUUUUAUUUGUGAAUCACCCUGCUGGUGCUGUGGGAGCACUUUUUGGAGCGACUCAAUGUGAUAAAAAAAGUGAGAACUUCUUGAGAUUAGUAGCCUUAUAUGGCAUAGAAACAAUUCUGAGUCUGGUCAAGGCUUUCCAGAAAGCAGCCACGAAUGCGGAGAAAGAAAUGGUGAAGUCAUGUUUUGAUUACUUUGGCAUCGCACCAGUGGACAAGAAAUUUUGCCAAGUGUCCCAGAAUGAAGCUGGAUGCAUUUUAGAGUUUUUUUCUGAAUGUGCUACUCUCAGAGAGAAGAAGACAAGUGAUCAGUUUAUUGUAAGCCUGGAAGAAGUAAAAUCUGCCCUGAAUAAAUAUUUAUUGAAUAGACUUGUUGCCAUUACACACCACUUGUUUGAACAGAGUUUCCCCAACGUUUGCACGAAAUUCAUUGCUGGCUUGAAGUGUGAGGACGAAAAUUGUGAAGACUUCCACAAAACUUUGUCACGUCAUGAGAUAAAAUCCAUAUUUCAGUGUAAAAAGCAUUUGGCUACAAUAAAUGGCCUAUUGUUGGAAGCCAAGAGAGUAUUCCAAAAAUAUGUGUUUUGUGAGCCUAAUGUCAUUGAUGAACUUUUGACUGCUGAUAAAUAUUCAUUGUGUAAAUCCCUUGUAAAUGCCUUCUUUCCUAAACAUUUUCAUCUGAGAAUGGUGUCCGAAAACCCAGUGGCAUGCAAAGAGAUCCUAAGUCUUCACAGUGGUGGCUAUAGAACCUUAAAUCCUUGCACGAUGGUGCUGAGGGAAUACAUCAGAUCAGAGCUCAAAAAUGAAACCCCGAAAAAUAGAAGAGAAUCAACUGAUCUGUGGUUGAAGGUGAUGCAGGUCUUUGCCUUGACCUCUGGUUACCCUGAAGAGUUUGAGAAGCUAGUUUUUAGAGAGGAAGAUGAGUAUGACCGAGAAUUAAAGUUGCUUUCAGAAAGGGGAAGAGUAAGACUGAAAGGUGUAGAAGGUAGGUAUGGCAUGCUGAUGCUCGAUAAAUAUGCAGAAAAUGCCGAAAGCACCCAUUUGUGUUUCAUUCGACUCUUGCAGAAUUCUGUGGACCAGCUCUACACUCACAGAAAUAUUGAGGAAUGUAGAUUUCUAUUUUACCGCUUCAUGAACGUCCUGGUUAAGAAAUGUAUUGACCCUUUGAUUCCAAGCAUAGGAAACACAGUGGCGUUACUAGAAUUUCAGUUUAUCUUCGGUUGUGCUGUCCUGAUGCGUCUCUGCAAAAGCAUGACUCUUUGCCUUCCCAAGAGUUACAUUUCCCUUUUGCACUACUGGGAUUUUUUAUUCAGAAGAGGAGAUUAUAACAAAGACUUCACAUAUUCUGUUAUACAAGACUACAAACCGGAGGAUACGAAGAAAGCCAUAAAGGAUUUUAAAAAACAUCUUAUGUAUUUAGCUGAUGUUCUGUGUUGCUAUGAAGAGUUCAGUGUACUCAUGGAUGCUUUUGAGGACCCCGAUUAUAUCACAUCGGGAGAAGCUGAGCGUACAGUGGUCCUUUGCUUGGUGAUGUUGAUAAAUGCCGACCAGGUACUUAGCUGGAAAUACCGAAUGGUUUUUCCUCAAUACUUUCCUACCAUCAAGGAAAGACUUCUGAAACUGAAAGUGAACUACCCUACUAAAGUGCCUGAAAGAUUGCUUAAGACCGUGAGCCUGAUGAGUGAAGUCUCUGAGGUAAAAGAAGUAGUAAAAGGCCUAAAGGAGCUUUUGUUUUGCCGAGAUGGGGAGUUUUUAGCUGACUGUCACUGGAAGUGGGAACCCAGAGGGACAAGGGGAAUCUUUUAUGAGGUUGCAGACUUGGACAGAUUUGCAUAUCUCAAGCAGCCAGAUGCUUUUGAAGAGCCGGAAAUGGACUUCGAGAAAGAUGUCUACGUUGAAGAGAGAAAAGACCCACUGGCUAACAUAGCAUCCAUAAGGCAGCAGAAGCAACAGCAGAAAGCUUCUGCCAGGCGGAAGUUGCAGUGUCUCUUCCUGUUUGUUCGCUGUUGUAUUAGAUGGAAAAGGUUUUCCAGCUCGAAACCGGAGUCCUUGGAAACACCAUUGGAAGUCUUUAAAAGAGCAGAUGUUGAUGGAACACAGUGUGAUCUCUGUGGAGUGAAAUUUGUCCAAAGUCCCGACAAAUUCGUUACUCGGGGGGAAGAUUCUGAGAAGGAACCUACCGAAGCAACAAGACCAAUAGAGGGCGACUGGGAAGAGAAUGUGGAAAGAAAUGAAUUUUUUACAGCUGGCAAAACUUUUGAGACUCAUAUAAUCCUAGAUGAGCAUAAAAAUAAACAUGCUGCUUAUCAAAGAUACUAUGAUUUUUUCAAAAAGGAGGUGGAUCCAGUAAUACGUGAUGGAAAAGAUGUGAUGGAAAGCAUUAGAGAAAAUGCAUGCAUCAGAGGCCACCUGAUGUCCAAGGAGUGUUCUAAACUAGAGCAAAGAAAAAUCCAAGAAGUUAUUAAGAAGAUUUCAGAUGCAGUGGAAGACAUCUACAAAAGAAAAGCAUGGUCUGAUGCUGAAGAAAUACUGUCCAAGUUGGCUAGGAAUUUAUGCACUAACCUAGACGAGGCACGCAAAUGGCUGAAGAAAACAGAGUCCAGCCUUCAACAAGAGGAAGAGUUUGAUUAUGACAAAGACUUGGAUGAUGAAGUGAAAGGUGAGGAGUUCAAUUUUGAAGAACUUCACCCGAAGAAAACCUCAAGGAAAUGGAGAAAGCAUCGAAGAUAAUUUUUAAAAUGAUGAGGCAUAUGCCCUGAUUAGUGCUGUCUUUUAUUUACAUUUGAAAAAAUGAGCAUUGACAUGUAUAACCGAAAAAGUUAAAUGUUCCAACCAAAGUUUUUUUCCCCUUUUUUAAAAAUUGUCAUUCAGACAGAAUGUUAACAACCAGCUUAAUUGUGUUUAUGACCAGAGAGGCUGAAUUUCAGAUACAGUCAGCUCAACAGGAAGACAGAGUGUGGAAUUACACAUUUGGCAGAGACCAAAGUCUCAGUUGGACAGCGAAAGUAAUGGGGAAGAGGGUUCUGUUUAAAGAAGAUGAAAUGUCAGUGGAGAGAUGUGUAAUUCUUAGUUUGCCAUCCUUUAUGUGCACGCGCACCCCCCACCCCCCCCCGAUCUAGGGCACUUCCUCAUCUUCUUUAAAUCAUGUCCUUCUGUAACCAGGUUCUUGGACUGUCAUAUGCACUAAAUGAGUAAUUUUACCUUUGGAAUCCAAGACCGGAAAAGAGGAGAAAAGAUUACUUCUUCCUUUUCUACUUUCUUCUAUUUAGUUCCAUUAUUUAUCUGUCAGCCUUCAACUUCAACAAGAAGAUUAUUCUUUAAGUUUCAUUGCAUUUUAAACUUUCAAGAUGUUCAGAAGGUAGCUCAACACAAACAAAAAGCCCAUGUAAGGGUCUCCCUUCUCCACAGCCCCUCAGAACUAGAGACGAUAGACUUUUCUUAAAACAUAAGCUGUUCUUUAUAUGGUGUAAAAAUAUGUAUUUUUCAGGGAGUUACUGUGGUUUCUACUCAUGUUAAAUUUGUAAGAUUUCAUACAUUCAAAAUGCCAAAAAUAAAAAUUUUGUAUUCAAUCGUUUUUGAAAUAAAGAAGGAAAAUUA